AUUUGUCACAAAGUGGCAACAAUUUAGACUACUAUCGGUCACGUGUUUAGAACGAACCGGUUAUAGCUCUUUCAGUGAGCAUGCUCCAAUUCUUUUUUGUCUGUUCAAACUUAAGGUAGCAUUAUGCUGAUCCUACUAAAAUGUUCAUUACUCUUGGUAUUUCUUAGCCGACCGUCUGAGAGCAAAUUUGCGGUGGAACUGAAUGACGACUUCGACCAGUGUUCUCCGGAUAUACCCAUACUUUCGAUAAACACAUCCAAACUCGUGUUCAGUCCCAUCGAGGGGGGCAGCACAAGUAUGCACAUCUCUGGAGACUUAGUCUUCAUGGAAGACUACAUUGCUCCAGUUGAGGUAAAUUUUUGGUCACUGCACCUGGAACGCGGAACCUGGGUCCCGGGCUCAAUAGAACGUACCGAACGGGACCUAUGUGGGAAGCUGAUGUCACCGCUGGAACCGUGGUUUUUUUUGGUCCGUCACUUUCACCGGAAGCGGUGCCCGUUCAAGGCCGGACACGUCGAAACGCUACCUGACGUUGAGGUUGGUAACUUUGGUUUGGAACUGCCAGCAUCUUUCGCUGGUGAUUGGAAAUUUUUCCUGCAGAUGGAUCGCCGCCUUCAAGGCCGGCUUGUGAAGCAGUGCUUGGUGUUGUCGGCUUCGAUCGUCGAGGUGUAGGAAGUAAAGUAUAUUGAAUAAGAGAAUAUUAUGUGAAUUUUA